GUCUAGAGCGAGAGGAAACAUUCCAGGUCUGUUUCAGGAUUUGCGGCUUCCCAGGAUCCACCUGGAACAGGAGCCACCUCAGUCUUGGGGAUGUGCCAAGGCUACAGUUCAGAUAGAGCCCAACGUGGUGGCUCCUCGGACUGCAGAAACCGGGUCUUGCAGUGUGACUCCACACGGGCCCCAAGGCUGCUUGCACCUGUCUGCCGGCUUGCUGUACGGAAACCUGGUGAGCGUGAGGGAGGGGGAGUGCCGGAGCCUGGGUUGCAGCCAGGCAGCAGAGCUGGGGACCUGGUGUGAGCUGCGCUGGGGACUGUGGUGCUGCGAGUGGGGAGCGGGGCAUCUGGAGCCCAGCGCGUCACAGGAGCGAAGAGACGCUGCACAGCCCUAUAGGCGGAGGCGCUCUGGCCGCUGCGGGAGCAGAGGUAUAAAAGUGCGGCGAGAGCCGGGCGAGCGCCACCGAAGGCUGGGGUGAGCGAGGCCGGCGGCUGUCGGCGGCAAGGUCCAGAUCCCUCUGCGUUCCGGAGUUCUCCCUGCGGUCCCGACCCCCUGGGGGAUUUUGGUCGCCUCUCCAGUCCGGACCCUUCUGAGGUAGGGGCUCCCUCUGUGCUCCGCGCCCCUCGCGCCCAGGUUCCCUCUGUGGGGCGGACUCCUCCAGUCGGGUGCGCUCAGCGCCCCGCGGCCAGCCUCCGCGCACCGAGCCCCGGCAUUGAGUCCGGCCCUUGUGCCCAGACCACAGCGGCUGGGGCAUGACGGUCCCUCCUGUCCUGCUUCUUUUUCUUCUGUCCUCGGUGCAAGCCACUGAGCAGCCGAGGGUCAUCACUGAGCAUCCAAGCAUGGAGGCAGCCUUGACCGGGCCCAAUGCUUCGCACUUCUGGGCCAACUACACUUUCUCUGACUGGCAGAACUUCGUGGGCAGGAGACGCUACGGGGCUGAGUCCCAGAACCCCACGGUGAAAGCCCUGCUCAUCGUGGCCUACUCCUUCAUCAUCAUCUUCUCGCUCUUUGGCAAUGUCCUGGUCUGUCAUGUCAUCUUCAAGAACCAGCGAAUGCACUCGGCCACCAGCCUCUUCAUCGUCAACCUGGCAGUGGCAGACAUCAUGAUCACGUUGCUCAACACGCCCUUCACUUUGGUCCGCUUCGUGAACAGCACGUGGGUGUUCGGGAAGGGCAUGUGCCAUGUCAGCCGCUUCGCUCAAUACUGUUCCCUGCAUGUCUCAGCGCUGACGCUGACAGCCAUCGCUGUGGACCGGCACCAGGUCAUCAUGCAUCCCUUGAAGCCUCGGAUCUCCAUCACCAAGGGUGUCAUCUAUAUUGCUGUCAUCUGGGUCAUGGCAACCUUCUUCUCGCUGCCACAUGCCAUCUGCCAGAAGCUGUUUACCUUCAAGUACAGUGAGGACAUUGUGCGCUCCCUCUGCCUGCCGGACUUCCCGGAGCCAGCUGACCUCUUCUGGAAGUACCUGGACCUGGCCACCUUCAUCCUGCUGUACCUGCUUCCACUCUUCAUCAUCUCGGUGGCCUAUGCCCGCGUGGCCAAGAAGCUGUGGCUGUGCAACACCAUCGGCGACGUGACCACGGAGCAGUACCUUGCCCUGCGACGCAAGAAGAAGACCACCGUGAAGAUGCUGGUGAUUGUGGUGGUCCUCUUCGCCCUCUGCUGGUUCCCCCUCAACUGCUAUGUCCUCCUCCUGUCCAGCAAGGCCAUCCACACCAACAAUGCCCUCUAUUUUGUCUUCCACUGGUUUGCCAUGAGCAGUACUUGUUAUAACCCCUUCAUCUACUGCUGGCUCAAUGAGAACUUUAGGGUUGAGCUAAAGGCAUUGUUGAGCAUGUGCCAAAGGCUACCCAAGCCUCAGGAAGACAGGUUGCCCUCCCCAGUUCCUUCCUUCAGAGUGGCAUGGACAGAAAAGAGCCAUGGUCGGAGGGCUCCACUAGCCAAUCACCACCUACCCUCUUCCCAGAUCCACUCUGGGAAGACAGAUCUGUCCUCUGUGGAGCCCAUUGUGGCCAUGAGUUAGGGAAAACAGGAAGAGGCGAGGGAGGGCUCUAUCCUCUCACAACUGACAUGAGCUCACAGUGUUGGAAAGUUUCAAAGAAGCAUCGAGAUGCUUGGGUUCCUAGGAACCUGUCCGGCCUUCUCUCCCAUCUGAUGUGCAAACCUACUAGCAGAUGUCAUGAGGUGUUGUGCCUAGAUCUUUGAGCAAGAGUUCUGAAAGCCACCUCAGCUCCAACAGAGGCUGGCUCAGCCAACCACUUUCAAGUGUCCAACCUCUGCCACCUUGCCCUUCGUACCACUGAGCACUCACAUGAGGACUGAAGCAUACUAUUGGUAGGCUUGACCCAUGUGCCCAGAAAACAACUUUACUAGCCAAGGAGAACAGGCACAAAGGCUUUCUGAAAUCAUGGGAGCAGGUAUAAUCACACAUCUUCAAUGGCCUUGGCUCUAUCCAUGACCAGACAGGACCCAUUUUGGCUUCUUAAAAUAAAGAAAAAUUAGCAUUACCAUUUUGAAAAGUUCAGAAAAGUACAGACAUGAAUUCAGCUGACCCUGUUAGCCCAUCAGUUUGUAUAUAUAUAAAAAAAGAUGCCUGUUAAUGUGCUGUGAAUUUAUCUGUAACUCUCCAUGUGUGCAUAUUUGUACUUUUAAAAUCCUGAACUACAUGUGUCUAUUUAGACUGUAGUAAUUAGCAAGAAACAGGUGUACAUCAAAAUACUAUUGAACUCCUCCGUGAUGAAUGGGGUUCCUCAGCAGACCUGAAGAGAAGGGAGGAGAGCAAGGUGAAGGCUGAUUCUAUCUUGUAGCCAGUGGUGAGCUGGGCCUGGCCCUCUCAGAGUUGGUGGCUAACAAGAUGAGCAGUACACAAGAGAGCUGAGAGGUGGGAUCCCUUCCCCUCGGCCCCUAGAAACAAGAGGUGGUGAAUCACUGUGCUGUUUCCAUGGGCAAUGAGAGAACUUGUUUUCCAACAAGCUGGAAAAAAAUGUGUUUAGACACUUCAUCUGCUCAGGCUGUCUAGACAGGACAUUUCUCUAUGUUGUUGGAAUGAUGAAAUUUUUUUCACACCAUUUCCUUCAAGAAGAUUUCCCUGUGUACAUCACCUGAGAAAUUCGUGUGUCAUUUUCUAAAACCUGCAGGCUUCUUAAAGCAACUUUAUUCCUUGAGGGACCUUUUGUCAGCGAAGUCUCAUUCCAGAUAGCCAGUGUUCUUUUUUUUUUUCUUUCCUCACCUUUCCUAUGGUCCCACUGACUCUCACUGUCACCCAGAGAGAGAGAGAGAGAGAGAGAAAGAGAGAGAGAGAGAGAGAGAGAGAGAGAGAGAGAGAGAGAGAGCUGUGUCAGGCAGAGCUGACUCUAAUCUCAGGAACAGAGCAGUGGCUGCGGCUGUGCCAAGUUCAGAUUCCUAUCUCCUCACAGAGGGGUCACAGAGACAAAGUAUCUUUGGGGACCUGAGAGGGAAACUGAGGUUUGAGGGAGGAGAGUUUCAUCUGGGACUUGUUUAGAACUCUCAGUUGCUAACUGAAGCACAACUUGGUGAAGUCUGCUUCCCUGUAACAAACCAGGGGAGUUCCUUAAACGAGUCUAUCCACGAGAGUGUUAGAAAAUUUCCAAGAUUAAAAAACUCAUCUACAGAACAGCAGAUUUUUAAAAAGUGGCUUGGAGAGGGCAGAAGGGAAUUUCUAAACGUGAAGUGAGUGUUUACAGCCACAGCUUCCGUAUCUGUCCUGGUCUCUGUGAUGUCAGCUGGUAGCUGUGUUCCCUGUGUGCUUCUGAGCAAAUGUGACUGGUAAUGGUGAGCGUGGUCUUUGUGAAGCCUGAGCUUUUCCAAUGUGCUGUAAAGUGUGCUUUGUUGUAAACCCCACUAGGCUCAAUAAAAACCUCUCCUCUGUGU